AUGCCCCAUAUUUGCAAUGUAUCCUUUGUUGAUGUGGUAACAGAGAAAAUGGAAAAAUCUGGUAUAAAAUCGAGAUUGAUACAAAUUUGGUUGAAAUGGAUAUUGAUAUCAGAGAAUCAUUUACAAACUCGGUUGUAUUUCAAAAGCGAAAAAGCCGUAAGAGACGAAAAAUUCAGGCAUAUAUCAUCAGGUUACAUAUAUGUGAUUCAUCCUUUGAGUAAAUUUCGAGAAUGGUAUGAACUUUGGUUGUUGUGGUAUUAUUUAUUCGUAGUUUAUUUCAAUUCUUUGGACUUGGCAAUCACAAAGAUAUACGUCACGGAUACGCAUCGUUAUAUGGCUUUCACGGUUGAUUUUAUAGCAAUAAUCGACGUUUGUAUGAACUUAAUUACAGGUUAUACGAUAAAAAAAUUAAAAACCAUCGAAUUACGACCUGAGAAAAUAGCGAAAAAAUAUAUAUUUGGACCGUUCUUCAUAUCCGAUGUUCUCGGAUCGACGAAAUUUCUUAUGUAUCACGUGUUUCCUAAACCGAGACUCGCAAUUAUUGGAAUACAAAAUUUGUGGAGUCUCUCGAGAGUUAUUAGAGUAUGGUCUGUAAUGCAAUUAUUAUUGAAAGUAUCCCUAUUGUUUAAAAUCAAAUCGAAAACUACUACGUUCGCUAUAUGUUCGGUAACUUUACUAUUAUGCACUAUACAUUUCUUUACGUGUUUUUUGAUUGGCAGUAAAUUAUUGGUGAGGUACUACUUUCAAUUUCCGGAUCCUUAUAAUGCAUCUAUGAUAAACGUUUACGACGUAUAUUUGGAUUACAUGUUGCGAAGUUCCGCUAUUCUUUUAGGGAUUACGCUACCUGAAAAUUACGUUAAAGAUAUCAAAUACGUCGAAGAUUAUAUAGCUACGGUUUUAUCGUACGUAGUCGGGAAAAUUCUGGUUAUAUCAACUUGGAUAAUAUUCGCGUUAUCUAUUCUUGCAUCGAAAUCGACGGAGAUCAAAUAUCAGAGAAUAUUGAACGAAUUAGAGGAGUACAUGAUUCAGAAACAGCUACCGCUACAAUUGAGAAAGAAAAUCAACGCUUAUUAUCACUACAAAUAUCACGGUAAAUAUUUUAAAGAAGAUCUAAUUCAGUUUAUCAUUCCGGAUAAUCUUCAAAAGAAUGUUAAUUUUGAAAUAACGAAAUCUUUGAUUAGUAGCGUCAGUGUAUUGAAGAAACUCACUAAUCAACAACUCAUGGAUUUAAUUCAAGCUUUGGUACCUGAAAUAUUUCUACCGAAUGAUUGUAUUAUUCAAUCGGGAACAGUGGGUAAUAGUAUGUUUUUUAUAAAUAGUGGAACCGUAGCCGUUUAUACCCAUUCCGGUAAAGAAGUUUGUCAUUUACAAGAAGGGGAUUAUUUUGGAGAAGUAUCGCUAAUCUUUAAAGGUCAAAGACGGUUAACUACAAUCAACGCCAUUGAACAUUCUCAUAUUUACAAAUUGAAAAGUUCGGAUUUCAAACGUAUUUUAAUGAAAAAUAAAAACGUAUAUAAAAAAAUUGUCGAGACCGCUGAGAAACGUUUGAAAUACACGUUGCAUCUUGAAAAAAUGUACAAGAAAGCGUUGUUCGAAAAAACAUACAAGGAAUCCGAUACCUUCCUUCAUCAUGAAAAAUAG